CGAAUAAUGGCUGCAGGAAAAUUUGCAAGUCUUCCCAGAAACAUGCCGGUGAAUCACCAGUUACCCUUGGCCUCAUCCAUGGACCUUCUGAGCAGCAAGCCCUCACCUGCUGAACACCUCACAGACACCUAUCAGGACAUGUCUAUUCAUGGUACACUUCCACGGAAGAAAAAAAGCCUUCCGCCCAUAAGGUCCUGUGAUAACUUCAGUCACAUGGGUACCCUCCCGCAUUGCAAACCCUCACGGCAGAACUCGCCCUUGACCCGAGAGGUCAUCCAGGAGAGCCCAGUGCAAGACCGGAAAGGUGAAACCUCCAUCUACAGGGAUCAGCAGCUUAUGGACCUGACUCUGGAUUAUGUGAAGUUCUCCAAGGAGAGGCACACCAUGGACAGGACCCCUGAGAGACUGAAGAAGGAACUGGAGGAAGAGCUGUUACUAAGCAGUGAGGACCUGCGCAGCCACGCCUGGUACCACGGUCGCAUCCCCCGAAAGGUAUCAGAGAACCUCCUGCAGCGAGAUGGGGACUUCCUGGUGCGUGACUCGCUGUCCAGCCCUGGCAACUUUGUCUUGACCUGUCAGUGGAAGAACCUCCCUCAGCACUUCAAGAUCAUCCAGACGGUGCUUCGGCUGAGCGAGGCCUACAGCCGCGUGCAGUACCAGUUUGAGAUGGAGAGCUUCGACUCCAUCCCUGGCCUCGUGCGCUGCUAUGUAGGCAACCGCCGGCCCAUCUCACAGCAGAGUGGGGCCAUCAUCUUCCAGCCCAUCAACCGGACGGUGCCCCUGCGGUGCCUGGAGGAGCUCUAUAGCCCGUCCUCGGGCCGGGCCUCUGAGGGCAGUCCCACCGAGGGCCGGCCAGAGCUGGCCAAGCGCCUCAGCCUCUCCAUGGGCUCUCAGGGGCGAGAGCAGAGCUUGACCAGGGGAAACCUCCUCAGAAAUAAAGAGAAGAGUGGAAGCCAGCCUGCCUUCCUGGAUCACAUGCAGGACAAAAGAACCUUAUACCUCAAAGCCCACCAGUCGGAAAGUUACCUGCCAAUUGGCUGUAAGCUUCCCUCUCAGUCAUCUGUUGUGGACACAAGCUCAUACCCAAACUCCCCUGCAUUCAGGACGGGCAGCGAACCCACCCUGAGCCCAGCACUGGUUCGGAGGGUCUCCUCGGAUGCAAGGGCAGGAGAGGCCCUGAGGGGUUCAGAUAGCCAGCUGUGCCCCAAGCCGCCCCCUAAGCCUUGCAAAGUACCCUUGCUCAAAGCACCCCAGUCUCCAUCCACUUGGCUCAACUCAGAGGCCCACUACUGUGAACUGAACCCCGCUUUUGCCACAAGCUGCGACAGGGCAGGAAAGCCGCCCUUAUGUGCCCGGAGCAGCUCCCCAGCACUGCUAACAGCCAGGCAGAAUGGGACCAUGGGACCCCGCAACUCUGGCACCAAUUACUUGAUCCUUGAUGAAGAUGAUGGAGUAAGACCUCAGGAGCCGGCAGCAGCACAGGACAAGGUACAGGAGGACAAGGGCGAGUUUGUGAAGCCCCUCCUGGAGACUGUGUCCUCGUUCAGGCCCAAUGAGUUUGAGUCCAAGUUCCUUCCUCCUGAGAACAAGCCCCUGGAAACAACAUUGCUGAAACGUGCCAAAGAACUGUUCACCAACAAUGACCCCAAGGUGAUCGCCCAGCACAUGCUCCUCAUGGACUGCAAGGUUGCUAGGAUACUGGAGGUCUCUGAAGAGAUGCAGAGGAAAAUGGGUGUGAGCUCAGGCCUCGAGCUCAUUACCUUGCCCUUCGGACACCAGCUGCGCCUGGACAUAAUUGAAAGACACAACACCAUGGCGAUCGGCAUUGCAGUGGACAUUCUGGGCUGCACGAGCAGCUUGGAGGACCGAGCGGCCACUCUCAAUAAGAUCAUCCAGGUGGCGGUGGAGCUGAAGGACUCCAUGGGAGACCUGUAUUCCUUCUCAGCCAUCAUGAAAGCCUUGGAGAUGCCACAGAUCACAAGGUUAGAGAAAACGUGGACGGCCCUGCGGCACCAGUACACCCAGACCGCCAUCCUCUACGAGAAGCACCUGAAGCCCUUCCGCAAACUCCUGCAUGAAAGUCAAGAGUGCACGUGUGUCCCCUCAAGCAACGUAGCAGUCCCGCCACUGAUGCCCUUUGUGACCUUAAUGGAACGUCAGGUUGUCACUUUUGAAGGGACUGACAUGUGGGAAAAAAGUGACCAGAGCUGUGCCAUCAUGCUGAACCAUCUGGCAACAGGUCGGCACAUGGCAGAGACUGCUGACAGCUACCGGCUGAACGCUGAGAGGAUCCUGGAAGGUUUUCAACCAGAUGAAGAAAUGAGUGAAAUCCUCAUGACUGAAUUUCAAAUGAGAUUGUUCUGGGGCAGCAAAGGUGCCCAAGUCAAUCAGGUGGAAAGAUACGAGAAAUUCAACCAGAUUUUAACUGUGUUGUCAGCUAAACUGGAACCUCCUCUCUAAAGCAGGCAGAGCUUGGACAAGUCUCCGGCAAACCUUCAGAUACUUUUCCAGCUUCUCCAGUUCCUUCUUUGGGAAAGCUUAUCUUUUGAUUAAGCAAAAAUCUGACAUUAUCCAAGAUUUUAAUAUCCACAGGGAUAUUAAAUAUGUAAAUUACACAGAACAUUUAUUUAUGAAUUGUUUAAAAUUACUACUGAUUUUGAAUAAAUGCUAAUUUAUUAUUAAGGUAACUAUUGCUAAUAUUGAUCAGCACAUUCAAGAGAAGGCCUAGCUGUGUUGGCUAGUUUCUUUCUAUUGCCACUGUAUUUGACCAUUUUUAGCUUUUAAUUCUAUGUCAGAUAAAUGUAAAUAGAAGAGUUUUUUAAAAAGCACAUUUCAGAAGGUAUCAGUUGUAUGAUAUUCUUUAAAAUAAAUAUGAAAAAUGUAAAAUCAUGAAUGAAAAUAUAUCUAUUUGUGAAUCA